CUAGAGGAGGCUGAGCCGGAGGGAUGCUGCCGGAGAGCAGGUGGACACCGCGGAUGUUUACGGGGAUGCACUUUGCCGAGGGAGGAUCAGAGGCGGCUGCAGCUCGGGGAAUCUUUUCGUAAACGUUUUUUGUUUUUAACACCAAAAAAAUCUGAUUCACCCCGCCCCCCCCUCUCCCUCUCUCCCCGCCCCCCAUCGCUGCUCUGCGGGGCUGACGGGCGCUCCCUCCCUCCCUCCCUCCCUCCGUCUGUCGGUCCUGCGUCGUGUCGCUGGAGGUGGCGACGAUGUGAAGCUCCAUCGUUGGGUCGACGGGCCGCAGCCGGAUACUAUGCGGGGACCGAGGGCCUCUGCACGGAUCACAGGGGAGCGGAGCACCGGUCUAGAAAAGCUUCUGCAAACUGGCAGUAUCAGCCAACUAUGGUCGACCCCUCGGAGGCCGAGGAGCCGAACAGGUGCAAAGGCUCGCAGUUGGAUGCGCCGGCUGCGGCCAAUGAGGAGCUCCGGCUGCCAGAGCAGGCCGAGGGCGCCGAGCAGGCCGAGGGCGCGAGGACAGAGGAUGACGACGAUGACGCCGGGUUCGAGACGCCGCCCUCCGGCAGUUCCGAGCCCAGCCCGUGCCACGCCGCGACCCCGGCGGAGCUGGACGGCGCCUCUCAGGAGCCGCCGCCGCCCGAGCGACCGCAGACUCAGCCCGACGCGGACCCGUCGCCGAAGUUGCACCUGGACCUGUACAACUUCGACUCGCCGGUGGCGGAGGGCAGCCGCUACGUGUUGACGAGCCCUCGCUCUCUGGAGGCGUGCGCGUGCUGCGGGGUCAAACCCGUGGAGCUGCUGGCGCGCCCGCCGGCGGACUUCGCCCGCGAGGCUCCCGGCCGCUCCAUGCGCGUGGCGGCGGGCCUGUUCGAGGUCCACGAGAGGGACCGGCACGGCAAACUGAGGCGGUGCCGGGAGGAGAGGGAGAGGAUCGUGAGGGAGGAGGAGAGACGCGUCCUGCAGGCGGCGGCCGACACCGGCGGCGAGGCUGUGCCCGCCGCCGGGGAACGGCGGCACGGCGCCUCCUCGGGGUCCUCUGGACCGGUGACCUGCGGCUCGCCCCCCGACAGAGCCUCUAGAGCCGCGGCCCCGACCUCGAGUACAUGGCCCAAAUCUCAGCCCUCAAAGAAACCCGCCUCCACAACCUCCACGCCGUCCUCCAUAGGCGGAGUCCACGGGUCGACCCGGCAUUCGCCGGAACGAGUGAAGUCGGCGCGGCCGCUCUCGUCCGGCCCUCCGGCGGUCUUCGCGAAGUCACCCGGCGGUAAAUCGUCCAACACUUUCCCCCGGUCCACGCCGAGGAGCCCCGCCUUCCCCCGAGCCAACUCCACGCUGACGUCGUCGGCGAAGAAGAAGCCGGCGGUCCAGAGCGGCGCCGGCACGCCUCUGAACGGCGUCCCGACGCCGGUCUCUCAGCACAACGGACACCCCGAACUUCACGCCGCGGCGCCGGAGAAAAGCCACUCGCUGGAGUCCCUACGGCGGAGGACGGAGGCGGUCUGCUCCUCCGCCUCCACCACCACCACCACCACGACGUGCACCUCCUCCGAGUCGGGCGCUUCGUCUCCUUACAGCUGGGACGGCGCCCGAGCCCACUGGGCGAAGGUCUCCUGCCCUCGCGCCCGCACCAUGGCCACCUUCAACUCCCUGACGGGCCGCAGCCUCAGCCUCGGCGACCUCAGCCACUCGCUGCAGACCACGCAGCAGGUGGAGCGCAUCGUGCGGGAGGUGCGACGCCGGGGCCUGAAGGCCGUGUCGGAGCGCGACCGCAAGAUCGCCGCUCUGAUGCUCGCCCGGUACCAGGAGGAGGACAUCAUGAGCCGGACCCGCCACGUGGCGCACCUCCAGUGGGACAGCGAGCGGCGGAUGGACGAGCUGCGCCGGGAGCAGGAGGAGCGCGAGAAGCAGCGGGCGGUGCUCCAGUGCCAGCGCAUGUGGCACGCGCAGGUGUCGCUACGGCAACGGCGCCUCGGCCAGCGGGAGCGGCUGGCGGCGGCGGCCGCGAUGCGGCAGGCCGAGGAGAGCGGGGAGCGGUGGCGGGAGCUGGCGGAGCGGCAGGAGCGCGGCCGGCUGCUGAGGCUGCAGCAGGCGGCGCGCGACGAGAAGCAGAAGAAGGCGCUGCAGGAGCAGAACCUGAAGGCCCUGGAGGAGGAGCGGGCGGCCGCGUUGGAGCAGGAGCGGCUGAAGGAGAAGCUCACCAUGGCCGAGCUGAAGAGGCAGGAGACGGAGCACCGGGCCCAGGAGGACCGGCGCGGCCUGAACAAGGCGGAGAAGCGGCGCCACGCCGCCCUGAUCCAGGAGAUCGCCCGGCGAGAAGAGGAGGAGAGGGAGGAGGCGCGGCGGGCGGCGGAGGGGAAGCUCAGCCGCUCCCUGGAGAACUACGGGCAAAUCGUGGAGCGCCGGGGCCAGGAGCUGAGGCAGAAGGCGGAGCGCGAGGAGGAGCAGACCCGGAGGGCGCGGCGGGCGGCGGAGGAGCAGGAGGGGCGGCAGCGGCGGCUCCUGGAGGCGCGCGCCGGGGAGGCGGAGCGGCGGGCGCGGCAGGCGGCGGCGGCGGCCGAGGAGCGCGUCCGGGAGAGGGCGCGGCGGGCCGUCCGCGCGCGCCAGGAGAAGGAGAAGCUGCAGAGGGUCAACCGGCGGCGGGUGGAGGGCGAGGAGGAGCGGCGGCGCCGGGAGCUGCUGCAGUCCAUCGAGAGGAAGCUGGAGAAGAGCGAGCAGAUCUUCCGGGAGAAGCGGGCGGUGCUGGAGGGCGCCCGCUCCGUGGCGCGCGCCUCCUUCCACGUGCGCGACCGCGUGCGGGAGGAGACCAACAUGCGCACGUUCGACAAGAUGGCGCUGGAGGCGCUGCUCAACGCCGCCUGCCUGGACGACAGAUGACCGUAAACAGAGAGCGCCACCUCUUGAGGUCGACAGGUCCUGGUGAUGAACAAGAGCUGGCGAUGUCACCCACAAUCCUCCUUUUCUUCCCACACUGAUCCACCAAACCGUUCCUCUCAUGGAAAUACAUCCAUAUCAAGAGGUUUUUGUUUAUUUUUUAAUUGAAGUGAGUAACUGCUAACAGUGCGAUCUUCUUUGAUCCAUAAAUGACAUGUGCGAGGUUCAAACGCAGCUUUAUUAGCAUCGAGGCAUGUCGUUCCGUCCCUACGAACCACGACACGUGGCUUUCUUUUCCGUCUCAUUUCCGGUGUUAUCGGUUAUAAUUUGUUCAUUAUCCUUAAAAAGUCAGCGAGUUACGACGAGUCGCUCCGCUUUUUGUUUUCCAAAGCGUCUGUUCCUGUAAAUCAAAACCAGGAGAAUAAAUCAAUUUUACAAGAUG